AUGUAUUUCUCCUAUCUCCUUCUUACUGCCUUUUUGGCCACCUUCUCUACUGUGAACGGCGAAUGCCACCGUUCUGGAGAGACAUGGGGCGGAGAUAAGUUUGCCGCUCUGGAAGCAGCCCAACGACUCUGCGAAGACGGAACCCUAGGCAACAUCCCCUACAGUCGUGACGCUUUCAGGACUGCCUGUGUCAAUCUAAGCAGCAAGAAGAAGGUCGAUUUCACCAUCAUCAAGGGCUCAAACAUUAUUAACCCUACUCAUCUCUCUUCCAAUAUAUGCACCGCAAUGCUCCAUAAGGAGAUUAAUGGCUGUGAGCACGGUGGCAGAAGUCCACAGUGGGAGAACGAUGGUACUACACCUCAAGAGGCUUCGCCUCAAUAUGAUAUCUCUUCUGAUCCCAAUGCUGGUCAAUGUGCUUAA